ACUCAUCAAAACUGUAUAACUUUGCCAAAAUCAACACCUUCAUUUCCCAAUUACCAAGAUGCACUUGGAAUUUCUGCAUAUGAUAUAAUACAACAUGCUAAAACUAGUGAAUAUUAUACCUAUGUUUAUAUAGCCAGUGGAAGUUAUUUUCUUACGGGUUUUGUUGCCGUUUUACUUGGAUGGUGUCGCUUGAAUCUUGUAAAAAAUGCGUUAACUAAUAUACCAAAAUCUUACAUGCCAAUUAAAAAGAAAGAUUUGCCAAAUUCUGUGUUUAAUCUUAUUACUAAAGAGUUGACGAAUGUGUCCUUGAUAGCUUGGGCGGGUGAACCGAAACCUGAAGAUAUUAAUCUACCAGGAUGGGGCCGACCAGGUUCUGAUUACGAUGAUAUUCAUUUUAGAACAUCGAUGACAAAUACGUUCUCUCUAAUAGAACAAAAUGCUUUAAACCAUUUAUCUUUAAAGAGACAACCUUCAAUGUCAGUUCAGCGAUACAUUGAUCUCUUGAUUGAACAUAAAGCAAUAGAUCGCGGCUUAGGACAUGCUUACGUAGAAAGUUAUGAAAGGGCACGCUUUAGUGAGGAUGAAGUUUCUCAAAAACAAUAUACUGAAUUUAUGAAACUUGUCCUACAAUUAUUACGCCGAUUAGUUAUUAAAUUGGCUCUCAUAACAUAUAGGCUUUUAAGACCUGCCAACCAAU